UUGUUGUUGUUAUUGUGAGCGGGGCGUCACUCAACUUUAUUGCGGAGGGAGGGGGGCGGCGUGGAGCAAGAGAGGGAGGAGGAAGGAAGGGACAACCCCUCCCCCCGCCCCCCCCCCAGAAUCAAGAUGGCGGCGGAGGGCAGGGAGACAACAACAACAACAACAACCUUAACAAGCACCGCUGGCUCUGGACAGUCCUGAAGGGGCAACUACUUCCCCUCCCGGGCACCCAGCCACACACUUUCCGUCUCGUCAUCUGUGUUAUUUCUUUUUUUUAUAAAGACUUAGCAGGAGGGGAGUCCAAAAACAAACACAGUUCAUUGGUUUGACUACAACAACAACCCACCCGCCCCCCCAAAUAAUCUGGUCACUUUUUAAUUUCUAAAAUCAUCUUUUAGAAGACUUGAGGAGGGGGGGGUGGGGUUUACAUUUUUAAAAACAAAUGUACAUGUAUGUAAUAAUAAUGAGGCAAUAUUCACUUUGAGGGAGAGGUGUUGGGUCCAAAGCAGAUGCUACCAGACCUGCUGAUCUUCUCCGGCACUCUGUCAUUUUCGAUUUCCAGUGGCUGCAGUUUCUUUUCUUACAAACAGGAACAGGAAUCAGUCCUGGAGCAGGCUCUGCUAACCUGUGGAUCACCUUGAGGCACUUGGCAGGAUGGGGGAUAGGAGCAAUGAACUGGAUCUGAAGCCUGACUUCAGGAAUGGCAGCCUGUCCAGUAGCCCUGAGGACACCGAAGAGGCCCGUGAGUCCUCAUCGGGUAUUGAGGUGGAAGCGUCCGAUCUGAGCCUGAGCCUGACUGGGGACGAGCACAUGGCGGAGGACGAAGAGGAGGCAGACGGGGAGCGGCGAGGGGAAGGGGGCAGGCACGGGACUGAGAAGGAGAGCUCAGAUGAGCGGGACUCGGACUCCCUGGAGGACACCGGCACAUACUCCAUCGUGGAUGAGGAGGAAGACGAGGAGGAUGAGGAGGGAGAGGAGCGGGAGGAGGAGGAGAGUAAGAUGGAGGACGGGCAGCCAGAACCACGAGCCCGGCGCCGCCGAGGGCCGAAACGAGCCAGUGAACCGGAGCGUGAUUCCUCGGAGGAAGAGGCUGCGCUGGAGCGCUGGGUGCACUCGGAGGUGGCAGCUUUACCUCCGCCCACCUGGUGUGCUGCUCCGGCCCUGGGGGGCCGUGAAAUUGGUCGGGACCCCCGUGCCUUCAUGUACCGGGCGUGCGGAGCGCGGACCUUUGUGGAACGCCUGAGGCUGCAGCACAGCCUGGAGCAUCAUGCUGGCUGUGUUAACACGCUGCACUUUAACCGCCGUGGGACCUGGCUUGCCAGCGGCAGUGACGACCUCAAGGUGGUAAUCUGGGACUGGGCUCGGCGGAAACCUGUCCUCGAAUUUGACAGCGGUCACAAGAGCAAUGUCUUCCAGGCCAAGUUCCUGCCGAACAGCGGUGACUCCACGCUGGCGAUGUGCGCUCGUGACGGCCAGAUUCGUAUUGCUGAGCUGUCAGCCACAGAAUGUUGCAAGUCAACAAAGCGAGUGGCCCAGCACAAGGGCUCUGCGCACAAGCUAGCGCUGGAGCCGGACUCCCCCUGCACCUUCCUGUCAGCUGGAGAGGAUGCUGUGGUCUUUGCGAUUGACCUGCGCCAAGAGAGGCCAGCAUCGAAGCUGGUUGUCACCAAGGAGAAGGACAAAAAGGUCGGCCUGUACACCAUCUACAUGAACCCCUCCAAUACCCACCAGUUUGCUGUUGGAGGGAGGGAUCAGUUCGUCAGGGUGUAUGACCAGCGCAAGAUAAAUGAGAAUGAGAACAAUGGUGUGCUGAAGAAGUUCUGCCCUCAUCACUUAAUCAACAGCGAAUCGAAAGCCAACAUCACAUGUCUGGUCUACAGCCACGACGGCUCUGACCUGUUAGCGAGUUACAACGACGAGGAUAUCUACCUCUUCAACUCUUCCCACAGCGAUGGCGCAGAUUACGUCAAGCGCUACAAAGGACAUCGCAAUAAUGCCACAGGUCAGCUACUGGCCCUGUUGGAUUGCCCCACACGGGCUGGGCACAGAUUUCAUUUCUUUUUUGUUUUGGAGGGCUAUCCCAAGUGGGGGUGGCUACUUGGAACGAGCACCAUUAAUGACGCCGAUGAGUCUAUUCGAUUACCGGAAAAGCCCAUCUGGUACAUUGAUGUCUUUGAGGGAAGAAAACCUGCUCUGAUCAGCAGCCAGAAGGAAGAAGAUGGCUCAGUAAUGCUGUCUCACUUUGACAUCCUGAGGAUUACCCAGUGCCAGACUACUUACAGUGCAAAGAUCGACUGUUGCAGACUGGCACAUUUCAAGAUCCAGGACUAUGUGCUGAGUGAUGUGCUAAAGGUUUGGGCAGCUAUUGCCAAGGCACACUGA